UCCAUGUCGUAUGCCUACGCCCCAGCAACACCCGCCCCCUCAGAGCCCACCACCCGCUCGCGCACCCUCCUCUUCCGCUCCUACCGCGACUCUCUCCCGCGCACCUCCAAGCAUCGCGCCAGCUUCCAGUACGAUCCCGCCGACUCCUUUGCCGGGGACGAUGAGCGCCAGGGGCUGAUUGCCGGGAGCGCAAGCGGGAGUGGUGCUCAGAAUGGGCGCGGGCAUGUUGCGCUGGAUGUGGAGGGGGAGGGGUUGCCGCCAAAGUGGGUGGAUAUUACGGAGCACGUAGAGGAGAUUCUGGCGGAUACGAAACAGAAGAUCGCAACCCUCGACAAGCUCCACGCAAAGCAUGCCCUGCCCGGCUUCUCCGACCGCACAGCCGAGGAGCGCGAGAUCGAGUCCCUCACGAACGAGAUCACCCGGAACUUCCGCACCGCGCAAACCCUCAUCCAGCGCAUCACCGCCGCCCCGUCCGCCUCCUACCCGCCGGGGCCGCACACCUCGGAAGCCCGCGCGGCGAAAAACGUGCAGCGCGCGCUCGCCGCGAAGGUGCAGGACAUGAGCGGCGUCUUCCGCAAGAAGCAGCGGGUGUACAUGGAGAAGCUGCAGGGCCACGCGAUCAAGAACCAGGACCUGCUCAUCGCGUCGGGGACGAUCUCGCCGCCGCUCCGCGGGCACGAGGCGAUGCACUCGCUGGACGAGGACGUCCAGGCUACCGCCCUUGCCCACCUCCCGCCCGACCCCGCGCUCGCCACGCGCACGCGCGAGCUGCACCAGCUCGCGGACUCCAUCGCCGCCCUGGCCGACCUCUUCAAGGACCUCUCCGCGCUCGUCAUCGACCAGGGCACGCUCCUCGACAGCGUCGAGUACAACAUCGAGACCGCCGCCGCGCGCGUCGAGGAGGGCGCGCGCGAGCUGCAGGUCGCUACGCGCUACCAGAAGAAUACCGGGCGGAGGAGGUGCAUCUUUUUGCUCGUGCUGGUGAUCGUGCUGUUGGUGGUCGUGUUGGUUGUUAAGCCGAAGCGGCGUGGGCGGGGGGCGGCGCCGGUGCCUGAACCUACAGGUUCGGUGGGAGAAGCCGUGUCGAUACCGAUGUCGGUGCGGUUUGGUGGGGUGAGAUAAUGGAGAGACGAGGGGAUGGGUGGAUUGUAACUUAUUUCUUGUAUAAUGACGCGUACAUUCCUAUCGCCGUUAUACCCGGUAUAUAUCGCAGUAAUACGAGUGCUCACUUCACGUGGCCGGAUUCCUUAUGUCUAUCACGUCAUUGACACACCCGAUGCAUACCCCAGCCUACAUCUGUAAACUACACUACAGCACUCUGCGCGAGCAUACUUAUGCUACCACUUCACCGCCAGCCCAAC